AUGGAAAAGGAACAAGCAAACUAUGAUAAAGAAACAGCAGAAAUAUUCUCAGAUCCUUACGCGUACGCAGUUGACAUGCACAUUGAGAAUAUAAAAAAACCAGAAAACACGGUAGAGAUCAAAAAAGAGUACAUACAGGGCCUUGAGACCAUUUUGGUCCGCCAGGACAUUUCAACUGCCACGUCAAUUUUCCCCAAGCUCGAAAAGUGUGUAGAGCUGAUAGACACCCCGUCUGUGGAGAGUGAUAUGUGCGCGAUGCUGGGGCACAUUGCACAGAACGUAGAGCCUGUGGCAAAGGAGCUGUUAAGAUGCAAAGUGUUCAGCAAGUGCAUUGAUUUGUACAAGAGCAAGCCAGAGACAGUCAACAAAAUACUCUUUCUAUUUACGGUUAUAAAUAACACAGUUGCAGACUUAUCCAACGAGCUUAGGAGAUGCAAUGAAGAUCCAUCCAUUAUAAAAGAUAUAUCGCCAACGGAUGUGCACCUAAACGAAAGAUCAAAAGAAAGACUGAUUGCUAUUUCACAGUCUCUGGGGCUAUGA